CAGAUGUGAUUGUUUUCUUAACCUCAAUAGUCAUCAAAUUUAACGCUUAAUGACGCUUAAUAUAUCGGUUCUUGGGACAGAGUGACGUUCAUUUCUGUCAAAUACUUUCAUUUCAUGCAAACGCGCAUUGAGUUAACCUAAUUUUAUUAAUUUUUGAGCUGCUGCAGCUAAGCUGUGUAAUUACCGAUCCUAAAUCAAUACAUAUAAUAUUAGCGAGUAUGACUGGCCUGGGCAUGGAUUUUGAAGAUGAUUUCUUCUUUGAAGAGGAUAAAAUGGGCAUGACAAUUACAUCUGGGAAUAUCGUAAUACAGAAGGAUACUAGUAAUCUAAUCGGUAUAAGCAUCGGCGGCGGUGCACCACUUUGCCCAUGUCUUUAUAUUGUACAAAUUUUCGACAAUACGCCUGUUGCUGUAGAUGGUACUCUUCAAGCAGGAGACGAACUUGUGGCAGUGAAUGGAGCAUCAGUUAAGGGUAAAACUAAAGUGGAAGUUGCAAAAAUGAUACAAUCUUGCGACUCGCAAGUCAGUAUUAAUUACAACAAGUUACAUGCUGAUCCAAAACAAGGUCGUACACUCGACAUUGCUUUGAAAAAGGUAAAGCAUAGAUUAGUUGAAGGAAUGGGUAGCACUACGGCUGACGCACUUGGAUUAUCUCGAGCUAUCCUUUGUAAUGAUGCCCUUGUCCAAAGAUUGAUGAUGUUGAAGCGCACAGAAAAUUUCUAUAGAGGUCUCGUAACGCAUGCUAAAACUACAUUACAUGCCUUUUUUGAUCUGAUACAAAUUUAUAAAGUAUUCGGGGAUGCUUUUGCUGCUAUAGGAGUUCGAGAACCACAGCCACGUGCCAGUGAAGCUUUUAGGCAAUUUGGAGAGCAGCAUAGGCAAAUGGAAAAAUUUGGAAUGAUAAUGUUAAAAACUCUAAAACCAAUACUGAAUGACUUGGGAACAUAUCUUAACAAGGCUAUACCAGAUACACGGUUAACCAUUAGCAAGUACGCCGAUGCAAAAUUUGAAUAUUUAUCUUACUGUUUAAAGGUGAAAGAAUUAGAUGACGAAGAGCAAAGCUGCGUCGCUCUGCAAGAACCUCUUUAUCGCGUGGAAACAGGCAAUUACGAAUAUCGGCUGAUAUUAAGAUGUCGACAAGAAGCUCGCGCGAGAUUCGCAAAGCUUCGUUCAGACGUACUAGUAAAGCUUGAACUGUUGGACAAUAAGCACGUUCAGGAUGUUGUGUGGCAGUUGCACAAGUUUGCAGCAGGUUUGGCCAAGUAUUAUGCCAAUGCACGGGAUUUAUUGUCGACAGUAACAUUAUUCCCGGUUGAAGUCGAUUUGUCACAUUCCGCAUUUCAGUACAAAUCUACCGGGCCUCAAAUUUUAACGGAUUUAAGUGAAGACAUCGAAGAGUACGAAUCGGAAGAAAAACAGAACAUAAAUGAAGAGCUUCUCAUUGAUACAAAUUUCUCAUUGAAUUUAACUGAUAAUACAUAGCGAUACUUCUGGAGUUUCUAAAGAAUUUCAAGAUGAAUAUAAUUUUUUGUCACCACAUACUUAUAUAUGAGAACAUUGUAAUUUAAUUUCUGCUUUCCAUACAACUGUGAUUAUAGAAUUAAAAUAAGUCUUGCGUUAUAUGUACAGAGCAUCUGAUAAUUACUGAAAGCACUCUUGUACAGAGUGGAAUAAAUAAACUAAAUAAGUAGACCAAAUAACUCAGUAGAAUAGUCUUGUAUUACAUGUUUUUUAAUCAAAGGGAUAUUAGCGUGACAUUUAAACGCCAGGGCAUCAUCUUUCUAAUCGGGCAUGAUUUGUGCUCAUACAUUUGUGGUCUUUUUUUUAUUCUUGCACUAAACUGCACUAGAACUCUCUCUUUUACUUUUACCAAAUAACAAACAUACAUCUAUUUUAUUACAAAAGUAUAUAUAAAUACUAGUUCAGCUAUAAAAA